CAGCCAGGCCACUCCUUUACUGUUGAUUUCUGUCUUUAACUCCGCCUCCCACAGUGGUUCAUUCCUCACUUGUACAUCAGUUUCCUGAUCUGCCCGAGGUUGUUAUCAUCAGUGUUGGUGUUAAAGCCUCUCCCAGGCCCUCCCUCAUAUCUGUUAAACACAGUUCUGGUUCCUUCUGGAAAUAACUCCUGCUCCUGGUGAUCACCAGCGACCCCUGGGACGAGGGGACGGGAGAAGACAGGAGAAGGUUGGAGAAGGUCGUGUAGGAGGAUAUAAACCUCACCGAGUGUUUGGGUGUGUGUGUGUGUGUGUGUGUGUGUGUGUGCACGCUUAAAUAUAAUAAGAGCUCUGAAAUCAGAUCUGAGGAAGGAGAAAGAAACGAGAAAGACGUUCAGAAUGACAGACUGCAGCAGUUCUUUAGAGAGUAAAGCUCUCACUUUCCGCACUCAGAAGGAAAUGUUUGAGAAAAUGGAAGAAUCCUUCAAAUUCUGUGCGGGAUGUGGGAAACAGCCGUCACAGGGGACAGACCCGCUGAAACGCUGUGCCAGGUGUUUAAAUGUGUAUUACUGCAGUAAAGAUUGUCAGAAGCAGGACUGGUCUGUGCAUAAGAAGUUUUGUGUUAAGUUGCGUAUGGCUGCGGUGGACAGGCUUGUGGAGUGGCUUGUUUAUAAAGGAGAUCUGCCCUUCCCCACAGAGGUGUGGUCCAAACCUGCUAAAGAGGUUCGAUGCUGGGACGACUGGCUCUCCAUGCAGGGCGACAUCACAACCCGUAUAAAGCCAACCUUGUCUGGAAAGAACAUGACAGAACUCUGGACCAAUGCCUGCCGGCCACGCCCAGAUGAGGUGGAGCUUUGUGAAUCUGCGUGGCGCGUGUCUAGCGAGUUCCUGUCACGUCCACUAACUAUUGGAAUGGCGAUGAAGAUGUUUGGUCUAGACCCGUAUUCCAAACCACUCACCAUCCACAUCGUUGGGGCUGGAAACAAUGAGACCCUGGGUGCAAGGACAACAGAUCUGGAUGAGCUGAGCCAUAUGUUCCCUGGACAUCAGGGUCUGGAGGUUGUCAUGGUGGGUCCAGAGGUGAUGCAGGGGCCCAUUGUGAGGCCUCCUUUAAGAGCGUUUGGUCCACGAGGAAGGGUCUACAUUAGCGCCUACAAGGGUCUGUACCAUGAGUUCUGGGAGGAGCUUGUGGAGAAGGGAGAGGCAGCAAGACCAGACCUGGUGGUGGGGUUUCAUCCAGAUUUUAACUCCAGACAGGGAAUGACAGAUGGAUGGUUACCAACCCUGCUGCUGCUCAGAGACUACAGCAUUCCAACCCUAUUCACUAUGAUCAACAAUGAAGAGCUGAAGAACUCCGUACAGAUCCUGGUGGAGUUGGAGAUGGACAUUAAAGGCACUGGACCGAACCCUUUUAGCUCCCAGAAGCCUGAGCAGGUGCAGUCGAGUCCCAACAAGGAGCUGAGCUACUGCAACGCCUUCUACCUGAACUUCCAGGGCCUGCUGGAGGACCAGCCGGAUGAGGACGACUAGCCAU